AUGGGAGGGACUGUAGAGGUGUUGGACCUUCACAACUCUCGGUACCAGACGUACCAGCGCAUGUGGAACUACAUGUACUCCAAGCAGCCCAGCGUGUUCGUGAAAAGCACCGAGGAGGGCAUCGCCCGCGUCAUCAACUCCAAGUACGCCUUCUUGAUGGAGAGCACCAUGAACGAGUACUACCGCAGCCUGAACUGCAACCUGACCCAGAUCGGAGGCCUGCUGGACACCAAGGGAUACGGCAUCGGCAUGCCUCUGGGCUCUCCCUACAAAGAGGAAAUCACUCUGGGGAUCCUUCAGCUGCAGGAGAGCAACCGGCUGGAGAUCCUGAAGAGACGCUGGUGGGAGGGGGGGCAGUGUCCCAAAGAGGAGGACCACCGGGCCAAAGGUCUGGGCAUGGAGAACAUUGGGGGGAUCUUCGUGGUUCUGAUCUGCGGCCUCAUCAUCGCCGUCUUCGUGGCCAUCAUGGAGUUUGUUUGGUCGACGCGGCGCAGCGCAGAGACGGACAAGCUUCCCGGCUCCCGAUCGCAAGAUGUCCGCCUUCACAGUGGCCAGAAUGUGCGGAAUGUGGUAGAGAUUGGAAGGCACAGGAGUAAUCAGGCCCUAACCGAUGCCGUCGGGACAGGGGCUUGGUGGCUGUCUUGGUUCAAGUCCAGGAUGGAGCUUGAGAGAGUCAUAGCCUAUGCGAAUAGGAGGCUUUGA